UUUUUUUUUUCCUUUGCUUAGAAACUCCCAGUAUUGAAAAGCUACUCUCAAAGGACUGGAAAGACAAGCUUCUUGCAAUGGGAUCAGGGAACUUUGGCGAAAUAAAAGGGACUCCCGAGAGCCUAGCUGAGAAAGAGAGGCAACUCAUGGGCAUGAUCAAUCAGCUGACCAGUCUGCGAGAGCAACUAUUGGCUGCCCACGAUGAACAGAAGAAACUAGCUGCAUCUCAGAUUGAGAAGCAGCGCCAGCAAAUGGAGCUGGCUAAGCAGCAACAAGAACAGAUUGCAAGACAACAGCAGCAGCUUCUGCAGCAACAACACAAAAUCAAUUUGCUCCAGCAACAGAUCCAGCAGGUUCAAGGUCAGCUGCCGCCAUUAAUGAUUCCUGUAUUCCCUCCUGAUCAACGGACACUGGCUGCAGCUGCCCAGCAAGGAUUCCUUCUUCCUCCAGGCUUCAGCUAUAAGGCUGGAUGUAGUGACCCUUACCCUGUUCAGCUGAUCCCAACUACCAUGGCAGCUGCUGCGGCAGCAACACCAGGCUUAGGCCCACUCCAACUGCAGCAGUUAUAUGCUGCCCAGCUAGCUGCAAUGCAGGUAUCUCCAGGAGGGAAGCUCCCAGGCAUACCCCAAGGCAACCUUGGUGCUGCUGUAUCUCCUACCAGCAUUCAUACAGACAAGAGCACAAACAGCCCACCACCCAAAAGCAAGGAUGAAGUGGCACAGCCACUGAACCUAUCAGCUAAACCCAAGACCUCUGAUGGCAAAUCACCCACAUCACCCACCUCUCCCCAUAUGCCAGCUCUGAGAAUAAACAGUGGGGCAGGCCCCCUCAAAGCCUCUGUCCCAGCAGCGUUAGCUAGUCCUUCAGCCAGAGUUAGCACAAUAGGUUAUUUAAAUGACCAUGAUGCUGUCACCAAGGCAAUCCAAGAAGCUCGGCAGAUGAAGGAACAACUUCGGCGGGAACAACAGGUGCUUGAUGGGAAGGUGGCUGUUGUGAAUAGUCUGGGUCUCAAUAACUGCCGGACAGAAAAGGUCAGUUCAUCUGAUGCGUUUUCAGGUUAUUUAAAUGACCAUGAUGCUGUCACCAAGGCAAUCCAAGAAGCUCGGCAGAUGAAGGAACAACUUCGGCGGGAACAACAGGUGCUUGAUGGGAAGGUGGCUGUUGUGAAUAGUCUGGGUCUCAAUAACUGCCGGACAGAAAAGGAAAAAACAACACUGGAGAGUCUGACUCAGCAACUGGCAGUUAAACAGAAUGAAGAAGGAAAAUUUAGCCAUGCAAUGAUGGAUUUCAAUCUGAGUGGAGAUUCUGAUGGAAGUGCUGGAGUCUCAGAGUCAAGAAUUUAUAGGGAAUCCAGGGGGCGUGGUAGCAAUGAACCCCAUAUAAAGCGUCCAAUGAAUGCCUUCAUGGUGUGGGCUAAAGAUGAACGGAGGAAAAUCCUUCAAGCCUUUCCUGACAUGCACAACUCCAACAUCAGCAAGAUAUUGGGAUCUCGCUGGAAAGCUAUGACAAACCUAGAGAAACAGCCAUACUAUGAGGAGCAAGCCCGUCUCAGCAAGCAGCACCUGGAGAAGUACCCUGACUACAAGUACAAGCCCAGGCCGAAGCGCACCUGCCUCGUGGAUGGCAAAAAGCUGCGCAUUGGCGAAUACAAGGCAAUCAUGCGGAACAGGAGGCAGGAAAUGCGGCAAUACUUCAAUGUUGGGCAACAAGCACAGAUCCCCAUUGCCACCGCUGGUGUCGUGUACCCGGGAGCCAUCACCAUGGCUGGAAUGCCCUCCCCUCACCUGCCCUCAGAGCACUCGAGCGUGUCUAGCAGCCCAGAGCCUGGGAUGCCUGUUAUCCAGAGCACUUAUGGCGUAAAAGGAGAGGAGCCACAUAUCAAAGAAGAGAUACAGGCUGAGGACAUCAACGGAGAAAUUUAUGAUGAGUACGAUGAGGAAGAGGAUGACCCGGAUGUAGAUUAUGGGAGUGACAGUGAAAACCAUAUUGCAGGACAAGCCAACUGA